GAUCUCGCGAGACUUCGCCCCUGGACUAUCAUUCAGGGUUACCUGAGAGGACGGCGCUUGACGGUGAGAAAUGACGUGAAAUUCGCUAUGCAUGUAUAUAUUUCUUCAUAUUUAACUUUUUAUUUAUAAACUUAUAAUUUACACGCAAUGGUGAAUAUAUUUUGUGUACUUUGGACCGCGGAAGUGCUGUUUUAUGUUCCAGAAACUGUCAACUUGUCGGUCGUUGAUUCCUGUCAGAAGAGUAACGUUAUCUCGCUAAUGUUACAGUCGUUGUGUAUAAAGUUAACCGGUUUCGGUUGUCGGUUUGUUAGACACAUGACCGACCUCAUGACGACAUAUUUUCCAGAUGCUAUAUAUAACAUGUACCAUGUUAGCUCGGUCUCAAGUUUAAAACCCUCCCGUGUUUUGACCUACCGGUAGUGGCUGUCUAGCUAGCUAACGCUAUCUAACUUAAAUUGACGUUUAAUAUAAGGUUCAAGGCAAGCUUGUCACUAUUGUCACUAACAUUACACCAAAACAUGUUGCGUUUGUGUGAAAUGUCAUUAUUGUUUGUCUUUUUCUCUCUUGAAGGAAGCCUCUGGCUCUUGACAACAUAGCUGUCUCUCAAAAUUAUUGAAAUGCCUACCUGGACAGCAUUUUUUUUGGGCUUCAUACGUACGCUCCUGAAAUGCCCAGAAAUUCUAAGUAACGUUAGGCAUCUUCCUGGGUUUGAGGCACUGCCACUACAAAGAAAACAAUAAUACAAACUAUUUUGAUUGAGUUUAGAGUAUUGACUAAUUAACACUGUGCAGUCUAGGUAGGCACUUACUGGUUUUGAUACACUGCCAAGGUUGUCAAGACACAAAAAAAAAAAAAAAAAGAAGAAGCCUAAAAUGACCUAUUUUGAUAGUCUAAAUGGAGGCACAGCAUAUGUGUUACAUUAAUUUGGUUUUCAGAUACAGUCCUGUCAGGGUAAACAUGUCUCAUAAUGAUGAAGGAUAUGUGGUACGGAUCCGUGGUUUGCCUUGGUCAUGCACACAAGAGGAAGUGGCCUCCUUUUUCUCUGAUUGUGACAUUGUAGGGAAAGUGAAUGGGGUGUGUUUUACCUUCUCCAAAGAGGGAAGGCCGAGUGGAGAGGCGUUUGUGGAGCUGAAGACAUCAGGGGACAUUAAAAGGGCUUUGGCAAAAGAUCGUAAAUACAUGGGUCAUCGUUACAUCGAAGUGUUCAAGUCGAACCGUAGCGAGAUGGAUUGGGUGCUGAAACGCUCUGGUCCCACAGACUAUGACAGCAGCAGCAGAUGCAUGCUGCGUCUAAGAGGACUGCCUUUUGGCUGCAGUAAAGAAGAAAUUUUACAGUUCUUUUCAGGGUUGAAAAUCGUGCCAAAUGGGAUAACAUUGCCGAUGGACUACCAGGGGAGGAGCACAGGGGAAGCCUUCGUGCAGUUUGCCUCAAAGGAGAUAGCAGAAAAGGCUCUGGGGAAACACAAGGAAAGAAUAGGGCACAGGUACAUAGAGAUAUUCAAAAGCAGCCGAAAUGAAAUGCGUGUAUACUAUGAAGUACCCCGGAGGAUGAUGGGACAGAGGCCUAGUCCAUACGACAGACCCAUGAUGGGACGCGGAGGCUUCUUUGGGCCCGGGCCUGGAAGGGGAGGUGCUGUCCUGGACCAGAUGCGCAGCGGAGGAGGUUACAGCAGUGGAUAUGGCGGGUUUGACAACUACAAUGGCUUUAACAACUACUGCUUUGGUAAUGGCAUGUUUGAAGAGCGUGUGCGAGAUGAUCGAGGAAGAGGAAAAAUGGGGGGUCAAGGCUACAGCAGUGAGUCAAACUCAGGCUUUCACAGUGGACAUUUUGUGCACAUGAGAGGCCUACCGUUCCGCGCUACAGAGGCAGACAUCGCACAUUUCUUUGCCCCAUUCCUUCCUGUGAGGGUGCACAUUGAUGUAGGACCUAAUGGAAAGUCUACAGGAGAGGCAGACGUUGAGUUCGGGUCUCAUGAAGAUGCUGUAUCUGCCAUGUCAAAAGACAAGAAUCAUAUGCAGCAUCGUUACAUUGAGCUUUUCCUGAAUUCAACUUCAAGUGGGCUGUCCGAAAUGGGUCGCGGAGGAGGUUUCUAUGGCAACUCUGCUGGUAUGGGCUCUCGAGGAAGUGGACAAAGGGGGAUGUAUUGAGGAUGCUUACAAAUCAUGCACUUUUCAACCCAAAGUUGGAACUUCCAGCUUUGAAGUUCUUUUUAUAUGAAAAUGUUUUCACAUGUUCCUAUGAAAUAUGCCCGAACUAUUUUGCAGGAUUGAAGAAAAGAAAAUCUAAAUCCAUCUAUAUAUCUAAUAUAUAAUAUAUAUAUAUUUAAGCUGUUGCAUAUAGAUUGACCGGCUACUGUACAUUUUGCUUAAUGAUUUUUAUAUGACAUUCUGUGUUGAAGUCUAAAUAAGGGUGUUUUCAGACCUGUACAUCGUUUGCUUUGUUUCGAAACAGGGACUUAAUUUGUUACAAUGUUGCAUUUUCUUCUAAAUUCGGUUCGUGUUCACGAGGCAACAUUGCAAAGCGUACAAAACUGUUUACGCAGGUCACCUGUGAGUAAAACUGUCGUCUAAUUGGUCAGAGUUGACCUGUUUACGUUCCUCUGCAUCAUUCAUCGAGAUGGAUUGAUAAGUUCGCUCCGCGUGCUUAUUGUAGCUUUAUAGCUAUGAAUGUAGCUGUUACUCCCGCUCUCAGUAUCCACUGACUAACCUCAACAUAAACAACUACAUUGAAAUAAGAGCACAUGCAUUUUUAGUUACAGCCAGCGGGGUAUCAAGGCCUCAUCUAGACAGCAUUUUUGUAAUGCACAGAGAAUAGCAAUUAAAUACACAUUUUAAUAUGAAGAGCUACUCUUUGGUUUUUGACUGCAAUAACAAAUAUUCUCACAGAAUCAGACACUGACUGCUGCUUUUAAUAUAGCAUAUUUACUGUUAUGAAUUAUGAUACCGCUUGGUUUUUUGGUCUGUUGGGUUGGAUUGCUUUCUCACCAUGAGUGAUCUUCAAUCCAGGGUCUGUUUGCAAUCAGGCUGAGAUCACCUCUUCAAGGAGGUCUCUGUACGCUUAUCUGGUCCACUUUAGGCGCGCACCUGAGUCACAGCUGCCCAAACAAACCGCACCAAGAAGGACAACGAACUCUAGAACGAUUCAACAAAUCUUAAUGAGGCAGGUGUGAAAGAACCCUAAAGAUAUGCGCUUUGUAUGUAUUUUGACUCAGAAUUGAAUGAAGAGUGAAUAGUUGCGUGUGUGAGACUGCACUUUUAUUUUCUUUCCCAGAGCAAUAACAUCAUUUUGGAUGUUUACCUGUUUUUGCUGCUCAGUAAAAUUUGUAAUAGAAACCUGUGAAAUUUACACAUCCGUGGAAUAAAAUCUUUUAUUGAUAUAUUUUA